AAAAACAGAUAGAUUGAUAAAAAGAUAUAGAGAAAGAUAAAUAAUCAGAUAUAUAGACAGAUGAAUGUAGAUGGAUAAAUACAUAAAGAGGUGAAUAUGAUAAGACUAAGAGAUAAGAGAAAACCAAAAACACUGUAAAACGUGCAUGAGAAACCCCUUUACACCGGCGUUAAGAGGAUGCGGAAUCCGGUGGAACUAAAACAGACGGAAAAAGGCAGAGGAGAAUAAAAGAAUAAAAGCAAAAUCAAGGAUAGGAAAGGGAGAAAGGGAGAAGUAAAAUGUGAGGAAUUAUCUGAGUGAAACAGAACAAAGAGAGGAGGCGAAGAAGAGAGAGGAAAAUAAGGAAUUGGAUGGUGAUAAAAGAGAGAUGAUUUUCAUAUUUGCUCUAAUUAAGGGAUUCUGUCCUGUUUAUAAAUGAUGGGACAAAGGAUGGGGUGAUAAAUGGAGAAUGAAAGAAAAGGGAUUAAAGAUGAAUAGCGAAAUAUUUAGAGUUAAAAUGGAUUACACGAGAACAUUGUACGAAAUGAAAUAUGAAGAUAAUAAGCAGAAAAUCCGAUGAUAAGUGUAAAAAACAACAACAAAAAAACAGAAAACAAACAACAACACACACAAGAUAGAAAAAAAAAUGAGGAAGAAGGAAUGAUAAGAGAUACAAUAAGUAACAAGUUCCGCGCAUCGAAUCCGGUCUUACAUAAGGCGAUGACAAAGGAGAAUCAUAAAGCACAGUCGAACCAAAGUUAGAGGAAGGGUGGAGGUUCACCGAGUGAGGGGAGGGAGCAAGGUGAGACAACCGGUGCGUGCGUGCAUGUGUGCGUGCGUGCGAGGGGACCCGAGGUUACCCCUCAGUGUAGCUCGGGCAGCCGGGCGGUGAGGAAGGUGAGGUGACGACGCUCCGCCGUUCGGAAGUUAGCCAAAGCCUCCAGUGACGCGAUCGGUGGCUUUCGUUUGUUGUUGUUGUUGUUUAUAUUGGAAACCUUUACCAUGUCAUUGUUUUUCCUUAUCGCAAAGUGCCGAAGCCCGUACUUAUGAAUGGAUCUUGUGAAUGAAACUCUGCAAUUAUCGGAGAUCCGUGUGUAGCCAAGACAGAAAGAAUAGUAACGAAAACCAUUGUACGGAGAAACCGGGUAGAUUACCCCCCAGCUGAUUACGUCCUUAUAAAUCUGCGGGUUUUGAUCGUAUAUUUCGGGGAUUAAAAAACAAGACGAAGAGAUAUUAUACAAAAUAGAUAUAUAAAGAGGAAAAAAUCGGAGCGGUUCUAAUAUCCAGGAGCAAUUUUUUUAAACUCUACUACUAAAGUUUGAAUUCCCUGCUAUAAUAGGUGCUAUCACAAAGUACCUUUAUUUUCCUUGGUGAAGUCUCCUCAUACCCUGCCUAAAAUCGAAGUCGUACCAUGAAGACGACACAGAGGGAGAGCCCCGAGGCGUAAGACAGAGUCGAAGAGAAGACUCACGCGCCCACGCCUCUCAGAGCACGCCCACAAUCCUCGAGGACGCCCAUCCGGUCUCGGAAGCGGCCGCCCGCGCGAUCUGCCUCCCCCUCCCCCUCCCCCUGUCGCAGAGGUGAUGGGUGCGGCACGAGGGUCAUGUGAGGGCAUCUAAGCGGCAUCAUGGCAUGCCCGUUCAGCGGCGCCCGCGUGCCCCCCGUGGGCGUAGAUGACGGCGGCGGUGGCGGGGGCGGCCGCGCCGGGGCCGCCAUGGGGCGCGGCGGCUGGGAGCGCGGGACGUCGGUAGAGAGCAGCGGCGGCGGCGGCAGCCCCGUCAGGAGCCUGGGGUCGGUGCAGGAGCGCGUGAGCUCCUACACGCGCAUGACCCGCUCGCCGUCGGCGCCCGCUGCCGUCACGCGCAAGGCGUCGGCGACGGCGGGCGGCGGCGGGGGGGCGAGGUCGCGCCCGCGGGAGACCGAGGACGACGAGCGGCCCCUCCUCACCCUCUCGCGGGACCCCCCCGACCCCCACGCCCCCCUCAGCCUCCAGCACCUGACGGAGGCCGUGUGGUGCUUCAUCACCAUCCCGGUAAGUGACGCGCACAGUGCAGUCCGGGGCAGCAGCUCUGCAGCAUGA